AUGACCGCCGUUGCGACACCAAGCCUGGCGAACCUCGCCGACCUGAUCAAGCAAUUCAUUACUGCCGUCGAUAAUCUACAAUCGUGUCGUUUCACCAGUGCAGCAGCGGCUACAAUCUACGUGUACAAUAUUGUCCUGACCUUUGACGAAGAAGUCGAGUACUUUUGGACGAAGUUCAAACUCACAUUCCCCAACCUUCUUUACAUUUCCAAUCGCUACGUUAUACUAGGGUUCUUCCUCAACGCCGUAUAUGAUCUUGCUGGAUUUCACGGCCCGUUCUCCGACGCGUAUUGCAAGAAGAAUAUUCAGGUCAUCGGUUUUACACUUGCUCAUCUUGGUUGGACAAGUAUAAUGACCCUGCGCGUGGUUGCACUCUGGAGGGCAAACAAGCACCUGGUUCGACUGAUCUGGUUCCUCUGGCUCUGCACGAUGACUGCCAUCUGUGUUUUGACCUAUUACUCUUACCGAGCAGUGAUUGAGACAAUGUCUUACAAUGUCUACAUCCGUAUUUGCGCGCCAGAAAAUAACCCGUCCAUCAUGCUAGCGGCACCAAUUCCCCCAACUUUGUAUGAACUAUUUUUGACGAUCCUCACUCUCAUCAAGACAUUCCAUGUGGUGAAAGCAACAAAGUCGACGGCAUCACCAUUGCUUCACGUUCUUGCCCGAGACGGUGUGAUAUAUUUCGUUCUAGCAACAGUGAUUUCGACGACAAAUAUCAUCGCAUGGCACGCACUUCCUGGUGCACUAACAUACCUACUACUCUACCUCUACUGGGCUCUUCUAUCAACAUUUAUUGCACGACUUGUUCUCAACCUUCGCAAGACAUACUACGACACGCGCGUGGUCGCCUCUCAACCAAUGACAACAGGAAACCGCAUGAGCACCAACAUCGCCUUCAAUACCACCAAGCGAGGUGCUGUACGGAGACCGCAUUCAACAUUCGUAGGAGUGGAGACAUCUGAAGAGAUGGGUGGCUACUUUGCUCAGAUUGGUUCACGAUUUAUCUUAGGUGAUGGUGAACUCGGAAUGGACGAUAGCUAUAUCGAAUCGUCGAGCGAGCGGAUGGACGACAUCGAAACAGCACAUACUCUUGAGACAGAGGAUCUCGACCAUGGGUCCCAUGUUGUGCAUAUGCGGUCUUUUCAUAAUCGACAUGUAUAG